GGAGGAGGGAUGGAGGAGGAGCAGGAGCAGGAAGAGGAGGAGGAAGAGGAGGAAGGCUUCACCGCAUCCGGCUCACACGAGGAGCCGCCUCCCCGGGGACCACCGAGCGCCCCGCAUCCCCCCCGUGUGUCCCCCCCCGGGAGCAUCGCCCCCCGCCCGGGCUCUGCCCCCGCAGCUGACGGGAUGGCGGAUGGGAAGGAAAAGAGUCUGGAGGAACCAGAAGGAUCUGAGCUGUUUUGCGACCCAUUUGAGGUGGACAUUCCCCAAGAGCUAAACCCAAUGGUGCAGCACGACUGUGAGAGUCAACCACAACAAGCCCCUGAAGAACCAAGUAAGGCCGUCCAUGGACGCCCAUCACCGCGGAAGGGUGGACGGCUGCAAGCCCGCCGUGGGAGCCGUGCAACGAAGAAACCCUAUAGCUGCAGCAAGAGUGGGGCCACCUACGAGGCACCCUAUAGCUGUCCCGACUGUGGGAAGCUCUUCAGUCGGAGGUCCUUCCUCAUCCCCCACCAGCGCAUCCACACCGGCGAAAAGCCCUUCACCUGCCACGAGUGCGGGAAGGGUUUCCGAGUUGGGUCAGCUCUCAACAAGCAUCAACGGAUCCAUACGGGUGAGAAACCCUAUAAGUGCUCGGACUGCGGGAAGCGUUUCCGUCUCACCUCCACCCUUAGCACCCAUCGGAAGAUCCACACCAGGGAGAAACACUAUGUCUGCCUCGUUUGCGGAAAGACUUUUCGGUUGAGUGCGUAUUUACAGGCCCACGAAGCCACCCAUAGCGUAGACAACCCUUUUCGGUGUCUUGCAUGCGGGAAGAACUUCAGCUUGAGACGGUACCUGGCCAUUCAUCAGCGGAUCCAUACGGGAGAGAAGCCGUUCAAGUGCUCGGUAUGCAGGAAGGUCUUCAACCGGAGAUCCACCCUUAUCGUUCACCAGCGGGUCCACACCGGGGAGAAACCCUACAAGUGCCCUGAAUGCGGGAAGGGCUUCAUCAUGAGUUCAGACCUCCUCGCCCAUCGGAGAAUCCACACCGGGGAGAAACCCUACAACUGUCUCAACUGCGAUAAAAGCUUUCGCUUGAGCUCCCACCUCACGAGACACCAGCGAAGCCACACCGGGGAGAGACCGUACAAAUGUAUGGAUUGCGGGCAAAGCUACACAGACAGCUCUGGACUCAUCAAACACAAGAAGAUCCACAUGGAAAAGAAGCAGAGGGCAUCUCAGGGAGCCCACGCCGGGGAGGGACGUUAUAAAUGCCCCUACUGUAGUAAGAGCUUCUAUGCAAAGUCAGCUCUGGUCCUUCACCGGGCUACCCACGUCGGAGAGCGACCCUAUAGAUGCUCCAAGUGUGAGAAGACCUUCAGCCACAGUGCAACCCUACUGAAACACCAACGAAUCCAUACGGGGGAGAGACCCUUCAAGUGUCCCAACUGUGAGAAGUGCUACAACGAUGGCUCAACCCUUCGGAGACACCAGAGGAGCCACACUGAGGAGAAACCCUAUAAGUGUCCCAGUUGUGAGGAAUGUUUCGGUGCCAUUGCAGCUCUCCUGAAGCAUCAGCGGUUCCACACCGAGGGGAGACCUUACAGAUGCUCUGACUGCGGGAAAAAUUUCCACUCUAAUUUUCUCCUCGUCACCCACCAACGAAUCCACACGGGAGAAAAACCCUACACCUGCCCCAUCUGCAACAAAACCUUCCGCCAAGCCUCCCACUGUACGAGGCACCAGGAGAUUCACAGGAGGACCAGGGAAAGACCGACUAUCUGCGAGGAAUGCGGCCGGAGCUUCAGCCGUAGCUCGAACCUGGUGGUCCACCAGCGGUUGCACGCCGGCGAGAAGCCCUACAAGUGCUUGGAGUGCGGGAAGAGCUUCAGCCGUAGCUCCCACCUCAUCACCCAUCAACGUCUGCACACCGGGGAGAAGCCCUACAAGUGUCCUGACUGCGGGAAAAGCUUCAGCGACAGCUCCACUCUCAUCACCCACCAACGCUUGCACACCGGUGAGAAGCCCUACAAAUGCCCUGAUUGCGGCAAGGGCUUCAACCAGAGCUCCAACCUCACGUCCCACCAACGCACCCACACUGGGGAAAGACCCUACAAGUGCCCAGAGUGCGGGAAGAGCUUCAGCGUCAGCUCCUACCUGAUCCGCCACCAGAAGAUCCACACCGGGGAGAGACCCUAUAAGUGCGAGGAGUGUGAGAAGACGUUCAGCCAGAGCUCCAGCCUCAUCAUCCACCAGCGUGUCCACACCGGGGAGAAGCCCUACAGAUGUGUUGACUGUGGGAAGUGGUUUAGGAACAGCUCGGACCUCAUUAGGCAUCAGCGGACACAUACGGGUGAGAGACCCUACCGCUGCACUGACUGCGGGAAGAGCUUCAACCGCAGCUCCAACCUGAUGACCCACCAACGCAUCCAUACCGGGGAGAAGCCCUACGAGUGUCCUGAGUGCGGUAGGAGCUUCACCGUGAGUUCUGCCUUGAUUAAACACCAAAGGACCCACCGGGAAGGGAAGCCCUAUGAGUGCCCCGACUGCGGGAAGAGCUUUAUCCGCUGUUCAAACUUCAUUACCCAUCGAAGGACCCAUGUUGGGUAGAGACCUCGUGACCCAUGUUGGGUAGAGACCUGGCUGGUGGUCCCCACAUCUUCCUGGUUCCCCAUAGGGACCCGGAUGAAUGCAGGUAGGAACAUCCAUUUGCUGAGAUGGGCUCAGCUGUGGGAUGCAGACCAAUGGCAGAAAUUCAUUAGGAAGAGUGGACUCAUUGGCUUUAGACUCUAAAAAGUCACAUCUGCUUGGGCCAAUAAUUUCUUCUGGUGGCAUCAAGCAACACCAUAUGGACCGCGGGCUUCUUCCACAGCCAAAUGGUGAAUGGAUUUGGGCACAGACCAAGAUUUUGAAGACACUACUUGGGACUCAGCUUCUUCGGGAAGGAAGAAGUGGGGUGGAAACGGUCCCACAACCCUGUUGGGACACACCAGGCUGAGUUCUUCCUCAUUUACAGGUUUGGGUUUUUUUUCACAUGAUGUUAUUCGGUAGCAUCAUGCAACCUCUGUCCUGCCCAUCUACGGUUCAUCUUUGGAUGACUAAACUCUUGAAUUGUCCAAAGGGCUUCAGAAGAGGCUCCUGCAACAUCUUAGGGAUGGAGAUGGGCACAGCCCAACUCCACGUCCUACUCUCACUCCCUUUGUGCUGCCAAAAAUAAACAAGAACUCAGCUGCAAUAAACUUUUUCUUCACUCACCGCCUUGGUAUGGCCUUGUUGAACCCACACCACCUCGUUUUCAUCCAGGCUGGGGCUUGGCCAUCUCUAGGGUUGAAUUUUCCUAAUGGUGCUGAAAGGAUGGGAGUGGUGGGACAACUCCAUGGAUGGGUGGAGGGUGAGAAGGACACAUGGGCUUGUGGUGUCCAUGUUUUGGAAGGAUGCUGCACCCCUAUGACCAUCGGCGCCAAAUAAACCUCAUCCAUGGUUUGGUUUGAA